AUGAACGAAACGAGAUAUUACAAAUGGUACCUUGAGAACGGCUGCGAUAUCGUGCCCCUGAAGCGAGGGAGCAGCCGGGAAAGCGACUACUCGUUGAUGCUGCUGGACAUCCAGGCAGACUUCUCCGAGUUUCUGAUCGAAGAGAAGAACAUCAUUAGUGAUGAGAAAUUGGUGAACCAGGAGGGGAACAUAUUCAAGUUACAGAAAAAACAGUGCAUACAAAAGCAAAAUAAUGCUAGCCUCACAGCGCGAGAAACAUAUGUGCACGAAAUUGACCAUCUAUGGGCCUACAUCGAAUGGCACUACAACUUCGAGGACGAGAUAAAGGUACAAAAGAGUCUGGUCAGCGAUGUGGGGAAAUUGAGAAAAGUCCCCAGGCUAUACGUAUCGGCGCAUAUAAUCGAUGGGAUGAUAAAUGAAAUGUCUAAGGAUGAAAAUAUAUGCAUGCUGAAGUAUACUACCUAUCCCAGUUUUUACAACAAGUAUGGCAAUGACAUGGAGAAGGGAAAGGAGGAGGACAAUGAGAGUAGCAUUUACAAUCGGUGCAAAUACAUAUAUGAAGUUUGCGAUGUGGCAGACAAAUCACUCGUUUUUGCCAGUAGCCCUAUAAUCAACACGACGAUGAAAAAUGUCCUUAGUAUCACCAAGAGUGGGAAAAAAAGGGAAGACUUUAAUGAAGAACAGGAGGAGAAAGAAGAUAUUGUACAGGACGAAAUUUGGCAAAUUUAUUUAUCCAAAAGGAUUACAUGUAUAAAUGAUCAGUGGUUGUUAAUUUGUAUCAAUCAGGAAUUGAAAGAUAUUAUAAAAAAAUCUGGCGAUAUUUAUUUCAAAAUUUUUAAUAAAUAUAUAAAAGAGUACAAUGAUUAUUUGAAAAGUCACAACUACAAUAUAUCGAGCCAUAAAAACGACAUGCAUGGUUCGAACAUGUUUGGAGGAAACCAUGAAGGACACAACAUGUUUGAGAUGAACAAUGGUCCAAAUGAAUGCUUAAACUCGGAGAGGCUUAAAAAGUAUCGAGUGAAUUUAAUUUUCGCGGGCAAUAAAGACAUCAACUAUAUCCUUUACAAGUUAUGUCUCAACUUGGGAAAAUUUAAUGACGCCGUUCUGUGUACAAAAAAUAAAACAUAUAACAUUCUGCUCAACGAUAUUGACGGGACGUUGGCCAUUUGCCUAAAGUCUUUUUUUUCAAAAUAUUAUGGAGGUGGAGCGGCGGGGGUGAGUAGUGCGACGGAAGAGGAACUGGUCAAAACGCUGUCCAUUAUGGGACUCUGCAAGGAGAAACUUGUCUUGUCCCAGAAGGCCACCAUUUUUAGCAACAUCGAGUUGCUGUUUUCAUACUACCUAAUUGUGCACAGCGAGUCAUUGGAGGGGGAAAUCGGCCAAGACGGUAACGUAGACGAGGAUGGCGUCAUCUACCUGAGCAAGAAGGCAUUGUUCGAAAACUUGCAAUUCUCCACGGAAGAAAUUUGCAGCUACCUAUUGCACAUGCAAAAGUACAGCACCAACAAUUUGCUGUUUGUAAAAAAAAGAGGUUUCCGAUACGUCAAAAGUGAAAUAAUAUACGAAUUUCUCGUUAAGAUAAUAGAGUUAGUGAGUAUCCACGACGAGCUGUACGCGCAGCAUUAUAUAGAGUGGGGGGGAGAAAGUAGCCCUUCUUUUAAGCAGUACAGGGAUGACCUGCACAAGGUGGUAAGGAAGAGACACGGCAUCACACUACAAAGUUUAGUUAAUCUUAUUCAACAGAAUGAGAGCGAGUUUGCUUUCUUAAAAAAUAAUAGAAUUCCAAUGGACAUGUAUGUCAUCCUACAACUGUGCUGGAAAUGUUGCGACAUCGAAAACAAGCACUUCGAUUUUUUUAGUCUGUACUAUAAUUAUUAUUUCUUUUAUGAAUAUCUCAAUAUGCCUUCUGAGGAGCUCUCCUUUGAAAAAAUAUUUGAUCAUUAUCUUCAAUUCUUGGAUGAUGACAGCCAAGUGAGCGACACCUUAGUCUAUUUCAACCUCUUUAAGCUUCACAACAUUAUGUCCUUAAACAUUCUGCGCUCCAGUGGCAAGGUCGUUAUUCAUUCAGACGAGCUGUUCACCUUCGACAUGGACAUGUUAACGUAUGUUAAGUACAUCGAUGAGAUGUUCAGAAAUUUUAAUUCCAACUUGAUGGACAAAAUGAUACAAGACUUUAUCAAAUGCUACCAGUUUUUCCUUGACUAUGGUUACGACCGAGCGGUGAGCAGUGACAACAAGGUUAUGCAGAAUGGCCAGACGAAGAAGCCUCAUACCGUUGAAGAGAUGAACAUGGGCGCUGAUCCAACAGAUCCAAUGGACUGCUCCACUAGCGCAGCUGAUGUGUACAAAGACAGAGUGCUCUUCAGAAACAAUAACAUCCUUAACGUUAGCAACAUCAAACAUAUCUGCAACGACUGCUGCAUGUUCGAAUAUUUCAUCGUGGUCAAGUACUACUACACGGAUAACACCUUUUCCUUGCUCGAGAAAAAAUUGAAAAAAUUUAUUCACUCAGUGGAGGAAGAUUUUACAAGUGCACACAUGACAUCUGCCACAGAUUAUUCUUCCUCUGGAUCUGGAACCGGGGGAAGAGGAGGGGCUUCCUACGAGAUGAGGCAAAAUUACAAAGCAGACUGGAAAAAGGCCAAAAGCAACUACUCCUUGAAUUACAAAAUUUUUAAGUACCAAACAACUUCCUUUCCACAAAUACGCCUGAGCAAAAACUACAACGAUCUGCUAUGCUCUGUGUACACACCCUUGUCUAUUCACUUUUCCAUUUUUCACGAAAACGUAAUUUACAAUAAGAAGCAGAAUACCUUUCAGCUCAUCCCUUCCUUUUUGCUCAAGGAAAAUUUGCGUAGCUGCUUAACUGCUCUGUUCACCUUCAAGAAUUCCUACUUUGCUCAGGAGUUUUACCCCUUUUUGAAUCCUCUUCUGAAUAACAAGGACCUAAUCGGAACCAUCGCCGUCCCACCGCUGCGUCAUUGCAGGACCAAGCUCAUCGAACGCGAAAAUGAAAAAAACGUAGAGUUUCUGGAAACCGGAAGCAUCGUCCUCUCGACGUUGAAUAGUGACAUGAAGAACUACACCAAGUACGGUGUUCAAAACCGGAAGUUCGUUGAAAAGCUUUGUAAAUUGUACAAUUGCAACUUGCCCGUGAACACCUUCUCCCCUUAA